AUGCAGUUCUGCAAGGAUCUGUAUCAACCACAGACAGUUACGACGCACAGGAAGGCCAUAGCGUACAAGGAGUCCAAGUGGGUAAUACAGCCCAAACCUAAAGCUCCCACCAGAGAGUCAAGGCUGGAUGUGGCCUCCCCUCACCGCCUCCUCCCAUCGACAAACGGCCUCCUCCCAUCGAUAAAUGGCCCCCCCUCUCUCCCUCCCUCCCUCGACAAGUGGCGAAUGGCCUCCUCCCUCGAAGAAUGCCCCCCCCCUCCUCCCUCAACAAAUGGCGAAUGGCCACCCUUGACGAACGGCACCCUUGACAAAAGGCGAAUGGGCGAACGGCCUCCCCUUUCGAUGAACUAA